CUUCCCUGUCGGCGCUGCCCGGGAGGGAGCCGGGGACUUCCGGCAAUAAUCCGGCGACGCGGCUGCCGCCUGUCAGGAGAACUAUGCCAUUUUUGGGCCAGGACUGGAGAUCUCCUGGAUGGAGUUGGAUUAAAACAGAAGAUGGCUGGAAAAGAUGUGAAUCCUGUAGUCAGAAACUCGAAAGAGAGAAUCAGUAUAACAUCAAUCACAACAUUAUCUUAAAUAGUGAAGACGAAGAAAUAUUCAAUAAUGAAGAGUGUGAAUAUACAUCCAAAAAAAGGAAAAAGGACCACUUUAGAAAUGAUACAGAUACUCAAUGUUUUUAUCGUGAAAAAUGGAUCUACGUCCAUAAAGAAAGCACAAGAGAAAGGCAUGGCUACUGUACCUUGGGAGAAGCUUUCAAUCGCUUAGACUUCUCAAGUGCAAUCCAGGAUACCCGAAGGUUCAAUUAUGUCGUCAAACUACUGCAGCUAAUUGCAAAAUCCCAAUUAACUUCAUUGAGUGGUGUGGCACAAAAGAAUUACUUCAACAUUUUGGAUAAAAUCGUUCAAAAGGUUCUCAGUGACCACCAAAAUCCUCGCCUAAUAAAAGAUCUUCUCCAAGACCUAAGCUCUACACUUUGUAUUCUUAUUAGAGGAGUAGGAAAGUCCGUGUUGGUGGGAAAUAUCAAUAUUUGGAUUUGCCGAUUAGAAACUAUCCUCACUUGGCAACAACAGCUACAGAAUCUUCAGAUGACGAAGCAAGUGAACAAUGGCCUUACCCUUAGUGAUCUGCCUUUACACAUGCUGAACAACAUACUAUACAGAUUCUCAGAUGGAUGGGACAUCAUAACUUUAGGUCAAGUGACUCCAACGCUGUAUAUGCUCAGUGAAGACAGACAGUUGUGGAAGAAGCUUUGUCAGUACCAUUUUGCUGAAAAGCAGUUUUGUAGACAUUUGAUCCUUUCAGAGAAAGGCCACAUUGAGUGGAAGCUGAUGUACUUUGCGCUUCUGAAGUACUACCCAACGAAGGAACAAUACGGCGACACGUUGCAUUUCUGCCGGCACUGCAGCAUUCUCUUUUGGAAGGACUACCAUCUUGCUUUAUUAUUCAAGGACUCAGGACACCCCUGCACAGCGACGGACCCGGACAGCUGCUUCACGCCUGUGUCUCCUCAGCACUUUAUCGAUCUCUUCAAAUUCUAAUGCGGCCCUCACUGCCCUCAUCGCUGUCUCCACGAAAGGUCGUACCUGUGCUUUUUUGUGCAAUAGCUGGUAGUAAAUGUUCUCUGUGAUUAAAAGUGACGACUGGAUGGGUGACAGGGAGGCAUCCUGUGAGGCCUGCAUGCUAGAAAUAGCAACUAUAGGGUAGGAAGGUACUGUUGGAUAUUUGAAUCUUUGAAUAGGGUCAGGGAUCCAUGCAAAUCUUUUUCUUCUAAGCAUAUUCAGAUUUUCAGUUUUGCAUAUUUACCAAUACGGUUCAAAAAAGAUCACUUCUCAGAAUCACUUUCUGUGCUGAACUGACACCAAUGGCCAAGAAUAUGCUUAAUUGUCAAAUUACAGUUUCCCAAUUUUAUACUCAUUAGGGGUGGAGGACAAAAACAAUUGAUCCUUGUAAAUACAUCAUGCAGAAUAUUUAUUUUUCUUAAAAUGUAUUUUAACAACUGCGUUGGUUGUGUCCAAAUUAGUUCUUUCCGAAUACAACACGAGCGUAGGGAAGCAGGAGCCAUAUUCUGUGUUGGUGUUCAUCGACUGGGUUGUGAAUUGUGCGGAGCGUUUUUAGCCUGACAGAGGUGUGCGUGACUGUGCUGUGCCCCUGGGCACUCAAGGACCGACAGCCAAGGCACUGCUGCUUCCGCGGGUGGCGCUGCCAGCUUACAGCUGAACCGUGCAGAGGGCGCGCCCAGCACCGAGGGAGUGCGGCUGCCCAGCCUGUGCCAAGCCCCAGUCUCGACCAGCCCAGGCGUAUCCUCGCCUUCACUUGUACGGAACUACUUUUAUAGACAAAUAAAUGGCGUUUAUCUACUGAGUUAACUUGGUUUUGCAUCUUACUGACAACAGUGGUGUUAGUGAUUUUAUACCAUGUACUUAAUUAACCUUUUAAACAACUGUUUUCUUUUAAAAAAUAAUCCAUGUCCAUUUUGGAAUAUUUUGAAAAGUAUACAGUGUAAAAGACAAUGUAUCACCCAUAAUCCCGCCACCCAAAGCUAACUGUACUUGCUAGAAAGAAUGUGAAAAUUGUCCCCUGGAAGCUCUGGGGUAGAAGUGUGUAUUUUCAUCUUUGAAUAGGGUCGGGGAACCCAGGCUAAAUCAUUUUUACCACCUUCUUUAAAGCAACUUUUUUCUUCUAAGCAUAUUAAAAUUUGUAAUUUUGCAUGUUUACCAAUCAAUUUGUCAAUCAGUUUCACUCAUCAAAUAUGGUUCAUAAAAGAUUUGGGGUUUUCAGAGUCAUAUUCCGUGCUGAACUGGCCAAGAAUCUGCUUCUUAAUUGCCCAAUUAUAGCUUCCUUCUUUUCCAGAUGUGAUAUAGAUACACAGUGCCUCUGUGUAUAUACGUUGGAGUAAGAGUUUUUCAUAAAAUCAUAAACAUCCUAUAUGCCAUUUUCGUUUUCUAACCUACCUGCUUUUUCAGAAAACACUGAUUAUAUCCGUAAGUACUCUUUGAAAACAGUUUUUAUUGAGGCAUAGUAUUGCUUCACCCCACGGAACAGCUGAUUUUUGUUACCGAGUGAGUGACUCUGUGGUAAGCAUCACUGUACGUCAUCUUUGUGCAUACGGUUACCUCCUUAUGGAAACUCCUGGAAGCGGAGUCCAAGAUAACGAGUCAAACAUUUUUAAAGCUUUUUUAAUGGUUCCAGACUUCUCAUGAGAAAUCAUCAUCUUUCUGAGUGAGGGAGUAUAGGUGCCCUCCCCUUACGCUGGAAGCAUAAAUGUCGCUGGAGAUUAUCAUUUGUUUUCUGUCUGUGCUAUUUUACUGAGUGAAGAAUGGGGCGUGAGGUCGAACACUUCUUCUGUACAUUUGUGGCCCAUUUGUUUUUAUAAAUUGCCUCCUGUGUGUUCU